AUGAACAAUACAAACUUUACAAACUUCAUACCGACUGCAAUUUUGCUGCCGUGUUUUUGUUCUUGCAGCGUUUGCGACAGACAACUUGGACUGAAGCUUCCAAACAUCGUCAUGACACUUGAAAAUCUUGCCAACACGCUGCUGGAGCCAAAGUGCGACGGGCUGUGCGCAGAAUUACACACUUGCUUACUGACGAAUAUUAAUGCUGCCAUGUCAAGAAAGUAUCCUUGGUACAUUGGCCUGUUUUGA